UGUUUCUAACCAAGGCGCCAUCAUGGGCGUGAACGGCUUAGCAAAACUAAACAGUAGCAAAGGCAGUCAUAAUAUUAACAUUGACGAAGAUGAUAACGCUACCGCCAAGUCGUUUGAAGAGUAUAAUGUGGAAAAAGUACUGGACAAGCGUUUUGUGAAUGGCCGUGCCCAAUACAUGAUUAAAUGGGCUGGCUAUGCGGACUCCGAAAAUACAUGGGAGCCUAUGGAAAAUAUAAACUGCGUCCAUCUGCUGGCUGAGUGUGAGGCUGAAUUGUAUGCCAAAAAACAUCUUCGUGGAAAACAAACAAUUGCACCCGAAAAAUUAAAUCGCAGGAAAGAAAAAACAAAUGUUUGUAUUGAGUUAAGUAGCGGCAGUGAACGCGAGCUGUCGCCUUCCCUAAAAAAAAGUCAGCCAAUGAUAUGUGGCGCUGAGCUCGUAGAGAGCGAUCUUCAUGUAAACAUAAAAGGAGAAAGAGCUGGACAAGUGGUCCAGCAUGACAAUGCCAGAAAACGUUCCAAACUUCCGAUUUCAUCAACUCAAGUUUCCACUGAAACAACAUCGGACAGCCUCAACCCGAAAGCACAGGCUACCACACAAAGCCAUGUCGGAAGCAGUUGUGACAUUCCAAUGACAUCGAAAUCCCAUAAAAAAAAGGAAGCUAAUGAAGUGACCGGAACUACUGCGAAGUCUUUCAAUAAACCUCAUGAAAACACCAAGGGGCGGCGCCGCCAAUCCCUGUGUGGUGUGGAGAUGUCAUCUAUAAUGAAAAGGCCACUCCGCCAACGCAUGAUGAGUGUAGAUGUUUCUGUGUUUAAUGCCACAAAACGUAAUAAACCACAUAACAAGAAUGAGCCUGCGGCGGAGCUCACCCCAAUGCAAGGCUUGCAAGACUUAAAAUGCAAAUCUAAAUCUAAGAAGCAGGCUCCCAACGAGGAUGUUAGCAAAAGCGGUAGCAAUGCCAGUACUACGGGCAAUGUAAGCAGCGGCCAGCCCAAAAAUCUACAUGAAUUUAGUAUAAAGAAGCGCAGCAUGCCUGUAGGAAUAGAGCGAGGCUGGAAGCUGAUGAACGUCUUUCAUAAAUUCGUCAUGUGGGGGGAAACUUUUUACUGUGUGCGCUGGGAGGGCGUUGAGGAGCCUGAAGCUGUACGUCGCGAAGACAUCAUUGAUCUUUAUCCAGAGCUUGUAAUUAAAUAUUAUGAGGGUCUAAAAAUACGACAUGUGUGAGCAUUGUAUGCACAAAUUGUUUAAUUUAUGUCUUACUUAAUAUUGAAAGGUAAGAAAAUACAGCUAGUAUGUUAAUUAUUAUGGCUGGCCAUACAAAUGUUUGUACAACCAGCCAGUUGAAGCUACAACUAAUAGCUAUAAUAAAAAUGAAAUUAUUUUGUAAUGGUAAAUAAAUAUGUACAGAUUUUCAGUAA